CGCCGAAAGUUAAGUUCUUAAAACCAUGCGUCUGUGAUCCACGGAAGUACAAUUAUUACUGGUCGAUUAUCUUCAGUCACUUCGCUUACGAUUAAAGUCCUUUCUCCAAAAUGUUGCUGAAAGAAAUAUCAACCAAAGAUUUCUGGAUCUGCGUGUUGGCUGAAUUCCUUGCGACGUUCUUCUUCGUUUUCUUGACGACUGGUUCAGCGAUUACCUGGGAUCCCAACCAUCCACCAACCAUUGAACAUAUCUCACUAUCAUUUGGUCUCAGCAUCUCUACCCUAGCCAUGUCGAUACUCCACAUUAGUGGGGGUCUCAUCAACCCUGCUGUAAGCGUAGCACAGACUGUGACCGGAAAGAUCUCUCCAAUGCGAGGUGCUUUUUACAUGAUCGCCCAAGUCAUAGGAGGUAUAGGAGGAUCAGCUAUGCUCUAUGUUCUUACUCCGUCAAGUAAGCAUGGAACUUUGGGAGCUACAGUCCCAUCAGUUGGUGUCUCUACAGGUCAGGCUUUUGGCAUCGAAUUCAUGUUGACCUUCUUGUUGGUGUUGACGGUGUUUGCCUGUACUGAUCCCAAACGUCAACAUUAUGGCUACGAGAUUCCUCUGGCCAUUGGAUUUUGUGUGACUGUUUGUCAUUUGAUUGGGAUUCGUUUUACUGGUUGUGGAAUCAAUCCGGCACGAUCCAUGGGUCCAGCGGUCAUCAUGAAUAUCUGGACUAAGCACUGGGUGUACUGGAUUGGACCGUUAGGAGGAGGGAUAAUAGCAGGCGUACUUUAUCAGUUGGUAUUCCGUGCACGAGAAGAUCAUGCAUCCAUCACCGAACCUGGUGGCAUUGUCUUAAACAGCUUGAUGUCACAUUAACACUCUGUCUAAUACAACCUGGUUUACAGUGGCACGAGUUUGUAAUAUGUAUUUGUCUUAGGCCAGUACGUGUCCUUUACUGAACGCGGUUUUAUAAUGGUAAUUGGACUGAGUGGAGAGCAGUUUGGUCUGAAAUCAAACGAGUGAUUACAAAAUUACACGGCACAACCGCGUAGCGGGAGUGCACAAUUCGUUAAUAACAAGUUUGAUUUUUAUACCAAAAUUGCACUAUUACCUUUUAAUUAUAUCCAUUUUGAAAACUCCUACAAUAGUAAAACAUUUAAAAUUAAAUUUUACUAAAUUAAAAAAAAACUGUCUUUCACCUACAAAAUUGCCUUACAAGUUUUUGAAUAGUGUGAAACAUUUUUGACAACUGACAUUUCACGUUUGCCGUAAAUAAAAUGCUUGAAUUCUCAAUUGA